AUGGCUCCCCGCACGAGGAAGCGCAAGAUGGAUGAGAAGAAGGAGGAGGAGGAGGAGGAGGAGAAGGGGGCGGGCGACGGCCCCGAGAGGCCGGGCAAGCGGGGGCCCCGCCGAGAGGCCGAAGGGGCCGAAGGGGCCGAAGGGGGCGAAGGGGGCGAGGGCCUCCACGUGGUCAUCGAGCACUGGUCAGCGGGCGGCGUGUACGGGCGGCGGGCGGAGGCGCUGAGCCGGGCCCUGAGCCUCGCCGCCCCCGACCUGCCCGUGCUGCUCAACCCCACCAAGCCCCGCAGGAACAGCUUCGAGGUCACCCUGCUCCGCCCCGACGGCACCCGGACGGAGCUGUGGAGCGGCAUCAAGAAGGGGCCGCCCCGCCGCCUCAAGUUCCCCGAGCCCGAGCUGCUGGCAGACCUCCUCAAGAGCAACCUGGCCUAGCCGUCGGCACCGCUGCCCACGCCCACCUUCAGCUGCCUGUCCCUGGUACGGGUGGAACAUCCAUGACGGGGCCUGACCAAAUCUCCGUUUGGUCCCUGACAAUCUGGUUCCUCCCUCAGGAAGCGGUUCCCCGGACUCCGGGGCCUUGGGCUCCCCCCGCGAUUGAUGCUGAAGCCUCUUCUGUAGAUAAGGGAAGGGCAUUCCGUGCCCGUUUGUUUAAUAAAAGUUCUUUUACAGAGAA